GGCCGCGGGAGGCGGCGGCGGCCGGCCCGGCCAUGACCCCCGCUGCUCUCUCUUGCAGACUCUUCGUUGCAGCCCCCCGAUCCCGGCCGCCGCCGCCGCCACCAGCGCCCGGGCGGGCCCCGUGCGCCCUGGGCGCGGCUCGGCAGUGAGCCCACCAGCACGCGGGCAUCAAAGCAGGUUUGCCACCGCAAAGGGCGACCAGUGUGGACGCACGCGCGCCUUCUCCCGGCUGGGCAGGCGCUCAGUGAAAAGGGGGAUUUGGCGCUCCCCGGGACGGGACGAUGGGCGGCUGGGACUCCUCGGAUGGACUCGAGGGGCCUGCAGAGGUGCCGAUAUGGGGCUUAAGCUGUCCUGCCUGAAAGGCUUUAAAAUGUGUGUCAGCAGCAGCAGCGGCAGCCACGACGAGGCCCCCGUCCUGAGCGACAAGCACCUGGACGUGCCCGACAUCAUCAUCACCCCUCCGACCCCCACAGGCGUGAUGCUGCCAAGAGACUCCAGGAGGACAGUUUGGCUGGACGAGACAGGGUCAUGCCCAGAUGACGGAGAAAUUGACCCUGAAGCCUGAAAGGAGUCCCAGAGUGGGGAUCUCUAAGCAGCUCCUGCUCCAGUGCCCCUUGCCCAGGUGUCCGGAGACGUGGCUGCCUGUGACAGAUGUACUGAGUCCCCUGGAUAGGAAACUCAAUGAAUCCGGCCCCGUACCAGAACAGGAGUGAGGACCAAGGAGGAAUCUGGCCUGCUCACUCCCGGGACCAUCUUCCCCAGGCCGUCGAGCCAACCAGACCUCUGACACCUCCAUAUUCUCACUGACCCUGAUGUGGCAAAAGGUGACGCCAUGGUGACAGCUGGUGGGGUCCCAGGGCCAGGCUCUCUUUUGGACAAACGCCCUCCCAGCACCCUGGGCCAUGAGACCAUGUGCCCCAAGGUCAGCACAAAUAAGAGCUUCUUGCAAGAGAAGCAGCUCCGUUUUUUACAAGUUGUUUUAUAGAGACUGAAGCAGUUCAAGAAAUGAUUUAUAAUUUCUUUUUUCAUUAUGAAUAAAGAUCCUCUGU